AUGGCUUCUAAGAUUCAAGGAGGAGAUAUCGUUGAGAUGCAAGGAGAUGAGAUGACCAGAAUUAUCUGGGACCUCAUCAAGGAGAAGCUCAUCUUCCCAUUCGUUGACCUCAACGUUCAUUAUUUCGAUCUUGGAAUCGAGCAUCGUGAUCAAACUGAUGAUCAAGUUACCAUCGAUGCUGCUGAAGCUACUCUCAAGUACAACGUAGCCGUCAAGUGCGCUACCAUUACUCCAGAUGAGGCUCGUGUCGAAGAGUUCAAGCUCAAGAAGAUGUGGAAGUCUCCCAACGGUACCAUCCGUAACAUUCUUGGAGGAACCGUUUUCCGUGAGCCAAUCAUUGUUUCCAACGUUCCACGUCUCGUUAACACCUGGUCCAAGCCAAUCAUCAUUGGACGUCACGCUCAUGGAGAUCAAUACAAAGCUACUGACUUCGUAGUACCAUCCGCCGGAAAGCUCCAAAUCAAGUUCGUCCCAGCCGACGGAUCUGAACCAAUCGAGCAUGAAGUUUUCGAGUUCAAGGCUCCAGGAAUUUCCCUCUCCAUGUACAACACUGACGAAUCUAUCAGAGAUUUCGCUCACUCUUCCUUCAAGUAUGCUUUAUCACGCAAAUACCCUCUCUACCUUUCUACCAAGAACACCAUCUUGAAGAAAUAUGACGGACGUUUCAAGGAUAUCUUUGCCGAGAUUUACCCAGAAUACGAGCCAGAAUUCAAGGCUGCUGGUAUCUGGUACGAGCACCGUCUUAUUGACGAUAUGGUUGCCCAAGCCAUGAAGUCCGACGGAGGAUUCGUCUGGGCUUGCAAGAACUACGACGGAGACGUUCAAUCCGACUCUGUUGCUCAAGGAUAUGGAUCUCUUGGUCUUAUGACCUCCGUUCUUAUCUGCCCUGACGGAAAGACCGUUGAGGCUGAGGCUGCUCACGGAACUGUCACCAGACACUACAGAAUGCACCAAAAGGGUCAAGAAACCUCAACUAACCCCAUCGCCUCUAUCUUCGCAUGGACUCGCGGUCUUGCUCACAGAGCUAAGCUUGACGGAAACGAUAAGCUUGCUACUUUCGCCGAUGACCUCGAGAAAGUUUGCAUUGAGACCAUGGAGGCCGGACAUAUGACUAAGGAUUUAGCUAUUUGCAUCAAGGGAAACAAUGUUACUCGCUCUGACUACCUCAAUACUUUCGAGUUCCUUGACAAGCUCGCCGAGAACUUAGUCAAGAAGCAAGCUCAUUAA